AUGUCGGAGCGUCCCAACCCGUUCAGCCUUACAGACACCAGUCACUCAGUACCUCGUAAAGAUCGCGGUGCAUCCCUGUCAUCCUCGGUAGACCGAAGAUACUUUGAACAGGUCCAGCCUAUUUUUGCAGUCUCGUCCUCCGCAACGAAGCUGGAGUUUGUGGACAAUUCGGAUCCCCGGAAAGACCUAGUAGUUCGAAAGAAGGCCAGAGAAUGGGUGCACCGUAACCGCGAAACAACACGGCGCAACAAAGGCGCCCAAAAUGCCAAAACUCAGGAAGCCGGAGCAGUGACAGCCUGGGACAUCAUUCUCAGUCGGCGGGCGUCAUUGAAGGAUCCUAGUUCGGGACGUAUCGACCCGUUCGACAUGCUCCCGAACGUAGGUAGGAAAGUAGAUCACAUCCUCGAGUUCUUUCUUACCCAAUGUCCUGAAGAAGUGCCUGGCUCAGAUGACGCUUUAGCAUGGCGUUCAAAGGCGGUUGCUUUGGCCCCUUCCCGUUCAAAUACGGUGUUAGGAAACAUGGCUGACGAGAGAGUCUCUUUCGUACUCUGGCUCCAUGCCACAACUACCAUAAGAGACGGGAUGGCUGGUAGCCUGGGCACCGAAGAGUGCAUGUAUUACUACAAAUUGGCGUUACAAGUCAUGAGGGAAGAGACCGAGAAAAGAAAAGUCAAGGAAUUCUCAGAUGCUUUCAUUGCUGCCCUCGGUUGCUUUGCGGCUUGCGCAAACUUUGCAGGCGAUUUCAAAGCUGCGCUCGUUCAUCGAGAUGCACUACUUAAAGUGUUGAUGGCCAAAGGAAAUGGAGAUUUGCUCAAAGGCAUUCAAUCGACAAAGCCAUGGACACAGAAGGGAAUGGCAUGGUGUGAAAUCCAUGUCGCUGCACAAAUUCCUGCAACGCCAAUAAUACCAUUCAAUCCGCCUGCUCCUCCCAAAGAUAAAAUACCAUACUCCAUAACCAUCGAAACCGAGAGACGAACAAGUUUUACACUAGCUCAGCUUCCACCUCUUUCGUUAGCCUUUCCCGGACUAAUAUCACAAUUCCAUCUCCUAUGUCUCCUUCAAGCGUCCGACAAAACUCCCCCUAAACCGCCACUAUCUGGGCCAUCACUUCUCACAAACCAAACAAUCAGGACCAGUCCGCACGCAAUACGUCCCUUAUACUGCGCAGAAUACACAAUACUGCAACUACUUUCACAGCAGAAGGAGCGUCACGACCAUGGAUUCACCAACACAGAAGUUGUGUUAACAGAAGCUUUCCAGUGUUUCCUAUGGCCUGCGCUGAGGUGCCUCCCCUGCGAGAUGAAGCUGUGCGAUCUCUUUGUUACACGCCUAAAAACUGCCCUCAUCACCCUUCUUGACGAGCUCGACCUCCCUGUAGACUCGGAUAUCGACCAAGCCGGACAAUCUCCCUACCUAGCUACGUCCUCUUCGACACCGAGCGUACUCAGUGAAAGCAGCGGUACAUCUGACUCCGAUCUUGGCACAUUACCCAUCCUAAAAAUCUACCAUCCAACAGAUUCCCUGGUCAUCUGGGCGUUGUUCAUUGGGACAUUGGUUUCGAGCGUUGGAGGACGACCCGAGCACGACUGGUACAAGGAUCGACUACUUCGUCAUAUUCUCGUACGAAAUGCGAGAUUCAUAAGGAGCAAAGACCAUCUAAUUACAUUACUGAAAGUCUUUCCAUGGACGGAUACUUUCUGUGGAACUGGGAUUAAAAAGAUGCAUAUCCCAUUCUGA